GGAUAUGGACACGUGGAGCUGACCUAUCCAACACCAGUGUUGUCACCACUAUGGCACCUCUCCAGACUCGGGUGGAAGGAAAACGAUCCUGCGAUCGACGCAUUAAUGAAUUCCAUUCAACCGGCAAUGCACAAAAUACCAUAGCUCUGAAUGUCGAUCUUCCGAAAGGUGAUUCGGGUCAGCAGACUGCGUACCUCGUAUUCUACUUCACGGAGUUGUUCGCCCGACCUAAACUCGAAGAUACGAGGAUCAUGGACAUCCACAUCCGGCAAGAUGAUGACGUCGGUGGAGGCCGAGCUCACCAAAUGCAAAGUGACAACGUUUUACACGAUUACUGUUUCACCUGCUAAUAGCAUCAACAUCACACUUGCAAAAUAAAAUUCCUCGACCUUGCCGCCGAUGGUCAGUGCAAUGGAGGUGUUUACAAGGAUCGAUAGCUCCGCCGGCGGCGAUGGGACCAAAUCCACCAGCGACGGCGCGCAGAUGCGUCUCGUUGUAGCAUCCUAUGUGGUUUUCAUCCAUGCUGUAUCCAUUUUGUUCAUAUCUCUGGUUUAGUUACUAUUUGCUAAGAUUUGCAUGCACUAAAGUGAUCCAUCAGAAUUGCUGCUAAUUACAAGUCGGCCACGAACCUACAAUAAUGAUCAAUUUUGUGCAUCCAAAAAGAAUAAAACAUUUUUCUAAUAAUCCUAUUUAAGAAUAAAUAGCUUGUCCAAAUUAUAUUACAUGUGAAUAUUAUAUGAUGUGAUUCACAGUAAUGCGAAACAAGAAUGAGCAUUGAGACAACUGUUUCAUUCCAACCUUAUUGUUAUCGCUGCUUCUGACUUAUUUUUUGGGUUUAUUUUAUCUUAUAUGGUAAUUUUAUACUUUGAGUAAAACAGUUAUUGAUACACUCUAAGCUAGUUAAGCCUGGUAUCGCUGCUAAACACUUUAAAAUACUUAUGUACGUAGUUUUGUUUAACCACUAGAGUCAAAGAAGUGUCAUCAUGUCGGGACUAGACGUGCCGAUUUUGUAUCUAGUCCACCAAUUUAAUUUAUUUCAUUCAUUUAAAUAUCCAACUAAUUUAUAAAUUCAAUGUAUUUAAAUCAAAUCUAUCUGAUCAAAAUCUAAUUGGAUUGAUGGAUUAUUACCGAACAAUUUUUAUAAAAAAAAUUAUCAUUGAAAAAUCUGGUACCUAAAUUUUUUAUAACAUUUUACUAAAACUUUUCAAAAUGUGCAUAUUAAUCCAAUGUUUGAAUGCUACUUUAUCAAUAAUCCAAUCCAUCAAUCCAUUCCGUUUGGGAGAUUAAUUAGUAAUUGCAUUUUCACUAUGAUUAAAUUGUGGGAUAAAUCUUUAAAAAUAUUAAAGGGCUUUUGAUUUUGCACCCCGUCCACGUAAGCCUUACUGAAAGCCCAUCGUGUCCACGUCAUUCCCUCUUUCUUCAUUCCUUCUACCGCUCUACGACAUCUUUUAAUAUUUUUGCAGUUGGAAAACCGCUAUCUUCCCUGACGGCGACCGGCCCUAUAUCUUCCCUUCCUCCACCAUCAGGCGUUGUUCUAUCUUCUUUAGCAAUCGGCCAAUCUCCAAUAUUUUCUCGCGGCAACUUCCUCCAUCAUAACACCGUCGGCACAAAUCCAUCCCCACAUUGUGCCCGAUCUAGCCAACACCGGUGAUUUUAAUUCAUGGUCAAAGGUUUUUUUCUUAAUCUGUCAGGCCGUUUGGAUUGUUGUUGUGCCUUUAUCCCCCUAAUAUAAACCCGAUUUUACUUCCCCAUACCCCAAUUAGAUCCCUCCAUUGUUUUGCCUGCUGCAAUUUCGAACUUCCCCAACCCGGAAAUAUUUACAUCUUUGGACUCUGUUUUGUUUUGCAGACCCUUCAACAUUCGCCCAAUUCUGCCCCUGAAAACGCACAACAGAGUCCCCCUUAUAAUUCUGCCAUACACCGUGAGUAUGCCGUGCAAGUUUGUUGGUGGCUCUUUUCUUGCAGCCCCAUACUCCAUCAUAUUGCCGAUUGAAAUUAGGUUACGUCUUGCUUUUCAAUCAAACUAUAAGAAUCUUCUCCAAUGGCAUAUUUCUCUAGCUGCUUAGUUUUCAAGGCCUCAAAAGUUUUAUUUUGCACAAGGAUGAUAAUACCGGUUCUUAACUUAAUCGCAUUCCAGUUUCUCCACUUUUGGUUUGUCUAUGGUGUAUUGGUGUUCGUUGCAAUUUUGCUCAUUACAGUAUUCCUUGCUUUUUUUUAAUGGUAUAAUAUAAUCAAUUUGAAUAUUUUAGUACAUACCAGGUUACCAACCUAUCUCAAAACUUGAUAAGUUAUCAUUUAUUAAAAUAAAAAAAAAGUUAUCUGAAAUAUAUAUCAAAAGAAUGAGUCAAUAAUAAAGACUUGAACUAUCAUAAAUUGACAUGAUAAUUGAGAAUUGUUAAUAUAUGUUUAUGAUUGAUUUAGUCAACAUUUGAUAUUUUCGAUUAUGAAAUGAGUAUUUUUAUUUAUAAAUAUGCAAUGCUUAUAUUCAAAACAAAAAUUGUUGAAUUCAGUAUUGGAUGUUAAUUGGAAAAUCAAUAUGUAAAAGAUUAACUUUUUAUCAAUCUGUAUUGAGAUAAUACUCGAGAAAACACAAUAUUCAUGAAAAAUGUAUUAUAAAAAUAUAACAAGAUUUGAACAUCCAAAAUAAUUUUAAUUAUACCAUCAAAUUAUUAUUAAUGUAAUCAAUAAAAUCUCCCGGCCAAUGGCCGGGUGAAAAGCUAGUAUCUAUGAAAUGCCAAAGGUUGGGGAAGAGGGGAAAUGAAGUGCGAAUUAAACGGAUACAGAAGCAGUAGCGAGAUGGGCCGUCGAUAUAGGCCCAAGCACUCAUUUUGAGGCUUAGCCGAAUCCUCUCGCCGAGAUUAAACGAAAUAGUCGGGCCUCGUGGAUCAAGGUUCAGCAAGCAGCAAAGGGUAAAGCAGAGCGAGAGAGAGAUCCUGUCCACAGACCACAAUCCCAUUGGCCCCCCUGCCAGGGUGUAUAAUUAUGGGUGUACAAAAAUUUAGUAAACACCCAACCAAUGAUAAUAUGAUAUUCCGAUGUAAUCAUAUAUGACUAAAUAUAAUUUGAUUCU